CCUAUAACUGAGGACUUUUUAUGUAAUUUACUCUUUUAUUUUGCUGGACUAGAAGGACAAAUACGAGUACAAUUCUACUUUAAUGUAGAAUCUUGUUGGGAGGGAAUAUUUAUAUCCUGUAUUUACCCAUGGGUGAAAGCUGCGGAAUUUUCUGCUAACCAGGUGAUCUCUCGGAGGAGAUGACGACGACGUCGUUUAUCCUGGGUAGGCCAGCCAUCGGCAACGACCCAAAGGUUCAACUUUCGAGCUUCACCAGCUUCAGGAAUGGCUCUGAUCCCCUCACGCGCAGCGAGCGUGUGCGCGUGUUUCGCUCUGUAUCUUCUUCCAGUCGCAAUGCUUCGAUCACUAGAUCCGUAUCUACUCCUGCAAAGUCUGGCACAACCACUGAGCCUAAACGCAGCAAGGUUGAAAUAUUCAAAGAACAAAGUAACUUCAUACGGUAUCCUCUCAACGAGGAAAUUCUUACAGCAGCACCAAAUAUUAAUGAGGCUGCUACACAAUUAAUAAAGUUUCAUGGGAGUUAUCAACAAUAUGAUAGAGAUGAGCGUGGUAAAAGGUCAUAUUCAUUUAUGCUCCGGACGAAAAACCCUGGCGGGAAGGUUCCAAACAAACUCUAUUUGGCUAUGGAUGAUCUUGCGGAUCAAUUUGGCAUUGGAACCCUCCGAUUGACAACAAGACAAACUUUUCAGCUCCAUGGUGUCUUGAAGAAAGACCUUAAGACUGUGAUGGGGAUGAUUAUUAGAAACAUGGGGUCCACUCUUGGUGCAUGUGGUGAUCUCAACAGAAAUGUACUUGCUUCUGCAGCCCCAAUUACAGAUAAAAGCUAUCUAUUUGCCCAACAAACUGCUGAUGACAUCGCAUCACUUUUAACUCCUCAAUCUGGGUUUUAUUAUGAUGUUUGGGUGGAUGGGGAGAGAUUUAUGUCAGCAGAAUCUCCUGAAGUAGUCAAAGCCCGUGAGGAUAAUUCUCAUGGAACAAACUUCCCUGACUCUGCAGAGCCCAUUUAUGGGACUCAGUUCUUGCCAAGGAAGUUUAAAGUUGCAGUUACUGUACCAACAGACAACUCAGUGGACCUUUUCACAAAUGACGUGGGAGUAGUGGUCGUUCCAGAUGCUAACGGAGAGCCUCAGGGUUUUAACAUAUAUGUUGGUGGCGGAAUGGGACGGACUCAUAGGCUUGAGGCCACAUUUCCUCGUCUUGCAGAGCCAUUGGGCUAUGUUCCAAAAGAGGACAUACUAUAUGCUGUGAAAGCUAUUGUUGUUACUCAGAGAGAAAAUGGUAGAAGAGAUGACCGUAAGUACAGCAGAAUGAAAUAUUUACUCAGCUCAUGGGGGAUUGAUAAAUUUAGAACGGUUGUUGAACAAUAUUAUGGAAAGAACUUUGAAGCUUGCCGCGACUUGCCUGAGUGGGAAUUCAAAAGUUACUUGGGGUGGCAUGAACAGGGAGAUGGUAAUUUGUUUUGUGGUGUUCAUGUCGACAAUGGUCGUGUUAAAGGAGAAAUCAAGAAGACGCUACGUGACGUUAUUGAGAAGUAUAACUUGGAUGCUCGCAUUACACCGAACCAGAACAUUAUCCUUUGUGAUAUACAACAUGCUUGGAAGGAUUCUAUCUCUACGGCUCUUUCACAGGCUGGUCUGCUGGAACCUAGGCAUGUGGAUCCUCUCAAUUUAACAGCAAUGGCAUGCCCAGCUUUCCCCCUUUGCCCCCUUGCAAUAACUGAAGCUGAACGAGGAAUUCCUGCCAUUCUUAAGCGGGUCCGUGCUAUGUUUUUGAAGGUUGGCCUUGAGCAUAAUGAAUCUAUUGUGGUAAGGGUAACUGGCUGCCCUAACGGCUGUGCCAGACCAUAUAUGGCUGAACUCGGAUUGGUCGGUGAUGGUCCCAACAGUUAUCAGAUAUGGCUUGGUGGAACAGCCAAUCAGACUUCAUUAGCGAAACCUUUCAAGGAUAAAGUUAAGGUUCAAGAUCUUGAGAAAGUUUUGGAACCGUUGUUUUACCACUGGAAACAGAACAGGCAAUCAAGUGAAGCAUUUGGUGACUUCACAACCCGCUUGGGAUUUGAAAAACUAAAUGAGUUGGUGAAUUGACCGAAAGGCGUUGCUACCUGAGUAGUUAUGGGAAGCGGCAAGAACAGCUGAGUGAUUGCUUGAGUCAAACAAUAGACUUUGGACUGCGUUUGCCAGCCGUGAAUUGAAUAAUCCUGGCUUUUCUUCAACUACAACUACCCAUGUGAGUAAUGCAAAGCCUGAACUUAGAUAUUUGUGUUUUUGUUCGAGGCGGUGUUCUCUUGGAAACAAACUAUCUACUUUCGCAUAGAGAUAAAGUCUGCGUACACACACUUCUCCAGACCCUACAUUUGUGGGAUUUUACAGUGUUUUUUUGUUGAUGUUGAAUGUGCAUUUUCCUUCUUUUUUUUGCAACCUAAUAGGAGGAUUUUUCUUCUUUUGUUUUCCUCGUACUCAAAUAAUAAUUGUGCUUGUGCCUUCGUUGGGAUUGGAGGCGUGACUUGUUACUGAAUAAUGACUACUUUUAUUUGUUGAAACUUGGAAGCCAGUUUGUAAUUUUUCUAUUAAAUAAUUCACAUUUGC